GUCACUUACAAGGAGACCCCACAUGACGAUCAUGUGACACAUUUGAGACGCACAUGUGACUUAGUGAAAGUUUGUCAUGUGACAAACAGAAAGAGAGGCGUAAUUCUGCUUACAUAUAAAUUCAAGACAACGUGCGAUUGACUUUAGUUUGGUGGAAAUAACCGAGACACAAUGAAAGCGUUCAUAGUUCUGCUCGUGGUGGGGGCAGCUUGUGCCUACAAGUUUGACUUCACAGACGACUAUUUCACAGAGGCCUUUGUGAACUACCACAAUGCCCGAACAGACGUAACAUGGAAGGCAACCACGGAGAACUUCAAGAAUGUUCCCCUACAGGGCCGCAUGAACUACAUCAAGGACCUCUGUGGGACCCUGCCUAGCCCCGCCCACAAACGCUUCCCUGCCAAGGACAUUCAGGUGACCAGUGUCCCUGACACGUUUGAUGCUCGCACCCAGUGGCCAAACUGCCCAUCAAUCAAGGAGGUCAGGGACCAGGGUGCCUGUGGAUCUUGCUGGGCUUUUGGUUGUGUUGAGGCUGCCACAGACCGAAUCUGUAUCCAGUCUAAUGGCAAAGUGAACGCCGAGUUGGCUGCUGAGGAUCUCACAGCUUGUUGCCACACCUGCGGUAAUGGAUGCAAUGGUGGUUUCCUGGAGGGUGCCUGGGACUACCUGAAAACUAGCGGUAUUGUCACCGGUGGACCAUGGGACAGCAAGCAGGGUUGCCUGCCAUAUGAGAUCAAGGCCUGUGACCACCACGUUGUUGGAAAGCUCGCGCCCUGCCAAGGCGAUGGUCCCACCCCCAAAUGCAAGAAGGAAUGCGAAGCUGGCUAUAAUGUCACCUUCACCAAGGACAAGCACUACGCCAAGAGCGCCUACGCAGUGAAUGGAGUGGCGAAAAUCCAGACUGAGAUUAUGACUAAUGGACCUGUAGAGGCUGCCUUCACCGUCUAUGCUGACUUCCCCACAUAUAAAUCUGGUGUGUACCAGCACAAGUCCGGUCAGAUGCUCGGUGGCCAUGCCAUCAAGAUCCUAGGAUGGGGCACAGAAGACUCCACUCCUUAUUGGCUGGUUGCCAACUCCUGGAACGAGGACUGGGGAGACCAAGGCUUCUUCAAGAUCCUCCGAGGAUCCGACGAGUGCGGUAUUGAGUCCAACAUCGUUGCUGGCAUGAUGAAAUUCGAUUAGACGUAAUUUGAUUGCACAAAGUUAAAUAAGACACUUUCUGCGUCAAACUGAUUUUAUAAACAUUUAACAAAUAUGAGAUUAUCUUUUGUUUCCACACAUUCAAAGAAAUUCGCUAAGACACAUUCUGCGUUUAAGAGAUUUUAGAGAUUAUCUUCUUUUUUCUUGCACAUUCAAUGAUAAUGAAAAAGAUUUUUGUCUCUAUACAUUUAUCAGGCUUUAUUUAUUAAGUAGUCUAAACCUGUUGUGUUAACAGUAAUAAGCUUCAAAAGCCAAGUGUGAAACUGUGGUUGCAUUACGAAAUCCAGCCAGAAAAUAUGCUAUAGUUUAUUAAGUUAUUUUUGUAUUUAAAAACUGAAAAUAACUUUCUACAUGUCAAUGAUCUAUGCAAUAUUGUUAAUAAAAAAUACAAUGUUAAA